AUCGGACUCACCGUACGCGUGCGUCGAUCAUCCCGCCUCCCCCAUUGUCGCAUACCCUUUCCGUCAUGCAGAGCAGCACGUCGCCUUCGCCUGCCGCUGCGCCCACCGUUGAUACUCGCACCACGAGCCUGCCAUCUGUUGGGGCUAACGUCACACCAGACUCAGGCUUCCAGACGUCCGUCAUCGUGCACACUCGGACGACCAAAGUCGAGGUCAACGUAACCCCGCAGGACGCAGCAAGUACGGCCGAGAGCCCGGCUGAGGGGGUCACUAUUGAUGUAAACGGAGGAGUCGCCCGGAUUUCCUUGCAUCCAAGGAUCAAAGGCGCCGAUACCUCUCCUCUGAACCAAGCUGCAGGGAGCUCUAGCCCCAAUGUUGAUAUUCCAUACCCUAUGUGGGAAGCCGCCGCGUCCCCUGCAGGCAGUGGGGUGAGCUACAGAACCGCCCCAGCUUCACCGGUGGGCAUCAGCAACAAUAGGAGUCCUUACCGUACGGCGCCGGGGUCGCCCGCAGGCAGUACGGCCGGCCGCAUUCGCCGGCGUGAUUCAUCAUCCCCUUUCAAUCGUGCAUGUCCGGGCAGAGCCAGGUCAUCCGGGAGCAUUGACGAAUUCACCUCAUGGAGUCUUGUCUUGCGACGACGCAAAGUCAACGGCCUCAGCAUGCACACGGAGUGGUACGAGUCGUGCGGCUCGCACGAAGUCACAGGGCCCCCUCUGCCUUUGCUGAAGCUCGCGCGGGACCCUUACGAGCGGCCCUUCCCGGUUGGACGUCUCUAUGUGCACAUCCUGCACCAGCCGGGUCGCCGCAAGGCCGUCCGCCGCACGCAAGUGUGGAUGUGGAAGAAGAUCGCAGUACGGGGCUCUCAUGCAGUCGGAACACAGGGCGCGGAGGGCACGGGCAAACGUACCGUAGAGAAGUUUGUCCCUAUCUUUGAGGAGCACAAGCACCCGGUGCAGAAGGACUUGCAGCUGCAUUUCGCGGAGAAUGGGCGGCCCAGGUGGAUUCGGGAGUCGACGGCACGGAGCUAUGCAUCCAAGAAGACAAAUGGCAUAGAUGCCCGUGUGGAGCGGAUCCAGAACCGAGGCCAGUAGUCGCAUCCAAGCCCUGUAAUAGUAACGCGGUCAGAUAACCUGGCUUUAUCGGACACCUCGCACUCACCCCGAAUGCCCUUCAUCCCUUCCGACUAUUUAAUGCCACUUCUCGACCUCGCAUGGCCCUAAGGGUUGUCCGGUCGCUGUAUUACUAUCACUAAUUUAAUUUUCAAGUCCCUGUCGUUAUUACACCAACCCUCAUUCAGUCCCUUCUUACCUGUCGGUAUACGUCCUUGGAACCGCCCAUUUGUGGAUAUCCUACUCGCCUCCUUCUGUCCGACACAUUGAUCCCUGGCGGAAAUCCCCGUGUAGAAUAGGUACCGGCUUGCCCUCGUAAAAUAGUGACUUGCGAACGUUACGACCCAAUUAUGAC